ACAAAAACACACACAGAGGUUGAGAGAGGCCUUCUCCUUCUUCUUCCUCUUCCUCUUCGCCCUCUUUUUUUUUUUGUGGUGAUGAAGUUCUUCUUCUUCUUGAAAUAGGCAGGGGGGAUCUGAGAAUCAAUCUCUCUGACAGAUACUGUCGUUUUCUUUUUCUUUUUCAUUUUUUCCCCUUCUUUUGGGUACAAAAUAGUUUGUUUGGGGAUUGGGAACUUCCCAAUUUCUCUUCUUACAAGUUCUGUUUGAGAUGUAAUAGCAGUAAAUAUAUAUACACAUAUACAUAUACAGAGAGCUCAGUUGAGGAGACAUGGGAAGCAGUUAUUUUGGGGAGCCAAAUAUGGGAAAUGAUAGAGGAACAUCAAGGAGGAGCAGGAAGGGCAGCUCGGAGAAGCCGAAGCAGCCGCAGAGAGGGCUCGGGGUCGCCCAGCUCGAGAAAAUUAGACUUCACGGCCAAAUGGCCAGUAGCGGCAGCUGCUCCUCCUAUGGCCAGUUCCACCAUCAGUACCCUUCCGGUCCUUAUCCCACCUCGGCCUUCUCCCAAGAGGAUUUCAGAGGGCAAACAGGUUAUUCAUCAACACCCUCAUCUUCAUUUUCAUACACUUCCUCCUCCUCUACCUCGGCUUCCUACGGUUUGGGACCCAAUUUCAUGAUGGGAGGAGACCAUGAAAGAGGAAGCAUAAGAUCAUAUGGUGAUAAUAAUUCUCAUCAUCAUUCUUCAACUCACGCCAGCUGGGGCACUAGUCAUGGCUACUUGGAUAUGCCUCAAUAUAUGCAGCCUGCGAUGACGAGACACCUUCUAAACUUACAUGUAGAGGAUCCACACGCUCAGGUCCACCACCGAAGUAGCUCACUGGGCUCUAGCCACAAGUCCGAAACGAAUGACGCUCAAGAACUCGACUUGGAACUCCGACUCUCGCUCUGAAUGCAUAUGCAUUUGCUUUUACAGUCUCCCUUUUUCCUUUCACGGGAUUGAUUCCUCUUAUGCCUAAUUUGCAUAUGGGAUGCGUUUGGCUCUCUGAAAUGUUAUGAAGUAAUGGAGCCAAGAAAUUAAUCGACUUGUUUUGGAGCUCCAAUUGUUGGAAAACGAAAUACACUGUAUGAAAGGUAAGAAUAAUAUAUAUUGAAGCAAAUUAAAUGAUUAAUCAUUUUUUAUUUUUUUAUUUUUUUUUUAAGUUUUACUCCCUGAGGAUAUCAAGGGGAAGAAUUUAUGUUGGGAAAUUGUCCCGAUUAUAAAUGAAUUUUUCAUAGUACGCAGAUAAGGGUUAUGCACAGAAAGCAUAAAUCAUGCUAUGUUUGGA